AGAGAGAGAGUGUGUGGAAAGGGAAUGAAUGAAUAUUAAGUUUAUUUGCAAAACGGAGUGAGGUGAAAAGUAGUUAAAGGAAAAGAAAACAGAAAACACAAAUCAUAUAACCCCGUUUUCUCCCCUCUUUAACAUCUUUUUCUUUUUUGUUUCAAAACAGAAGAAUUGGGAAUAUGGAAUGAUGAAGAGAAAGAAAAUUAUAAAAACAUAAAAAUAAAAAUAAGUAAAAGAGAGAGAAAGAGAGAGAGAGAGAAAGAGAAAGAGAAAGAGAAAGAGAAAGAGGAGAGAGUCAAAGGGGUUUCCCCACCAAAAUGGAACUUACAGAUAUGCAGCAACAAAGCAACAAGCAGCAGCAGCAGCAACAGCAACAUCAUCAUCAUCAUCAUCUUCACCAUCAGAACCAAACCCAAAAACUUGGCUCUUCUCAAUCUCAAUCUCAAUCUCAAUCUCAAUCCCCAUCUCCAUCUCCAUCUCAUGGACACCCGUUUGAUGCCAGAUCACCACCUUCUUCUGCUGGAGGAGGAGGAGGAGGAGGAGGAGCAGGAGGAGCAGGAGGAGGAGGACAUCCAACUUUCAUGGCUUCCACCUCAGCUUCCUCCGCCGCCACCCACCACCUCGACGCAUCACUCGUCAUCGCUACCAGAUCAGACACUACCGCCGCCGCCGAUCCUUCUCCCCGAUCUACCUCUACUGCCAACGCUGCUAACAAGCGUUCUACUAAAGAUCGUCACACGAAGGUCGAAGGUCGUGGCCGUCGUAUCCGUAUGCCGGCCACUUGUGCAGCUAGGGUUUUUCAAUUGACGCGUGAAUUAGGCCAUAAAUCCGACGGUGAGACUAUUGAGUGGCUUCUUCAACAAGCUGAGCCGGCUAUAAUUGCGGCUACUGGUACUGGUACAAUUCCGGCUAAUUUCUCCUCCUUGAAUAUCUCGAUUCGUAGUAGUGGAUCUACUCUCUCUGCUCCUCCUUCCAAAUCCGCUCCUCAUUCGUUUCAUGGCGCUGCUUUGGCUCUCGCUCAUCAUCCCCACGCUUACGAAGAAGGCUUCGCACAUGCUGCUCUGUUAGGGUUUCACCACCAGCAACAGCAACAACAACAGCAUCACCUCAAUUUAAUGACCGCUGAUCAAAUCGGCGAAGGGUUACCUAGCGGCGGAGGAGAAUCGACGGAUAACUAUAUGAGAAAACGAUUCAGAGAGGAUUUGUUUAAAGAAGAUACACAAUCUCCAGGGGAAAGUAGUGGAGGCGGUGGAUCUCCUAAAGCAAUGAAGACCGAUCUGCAAUUAGAGAAACAACAACAACAACCAUCAGCGUCCUCAUCGGGACUACUCCGGCCUGGAGCGGCGAUGUGGGCGGUGGCGGCACCAGGUCCGAGCAGUGGAGCGAGUAACACGUUUUGGAUGUUACCGGUGACGGCAGGUUCCGGCGGGGGAAAUGUAGGGAAUUCUUCUGGAGGAGGCGGCGGCGGCGGCGGUGGUGGUGAUGGGGGAUUGGAAGCUCAUCAGAUGUGGCCAUUUUCGACGAGUGGUAACACAUUGCAGGCGCCGUUGCAUUUGAUGCCGAGAUUUAAUAUACCUGGAGGUGUGGAAAUUCAGGCAGCAGCAGCAGCGGCGGCGGCGGCGGCGGCGGCAGGAGGAGGAAGAGGCGGCGGUGGGCAAUUGCAAUUGGGUUCAAUGUUGAUGCAACAAGCAGCUGGAGGCGGCGGCGGUGGUUUGGGGGUAUCGGAGACGAAUUUGGGAAUGUUGGCUGCUCUUAAUGCUGCUUAUAAUUCAAGAUCGGGAAGUGGUUUCAAUAUUAAUUCUGAUAAUCAUCCAUUGGAGCAUCAGCAUCAGCAUCAGCAUCAUCAUCAUCAUCAUCAUCAUCAUAAUCCAGCUCAUAAUACUAAUACUGAUCAUAAUAGUGGAGAUGAAGCUCCAAACACUUCCCAAUGACACAUUACCAAACCCAAAUUCCACCUUCUUGAGUAAGUGUGUUAUAAUUCUUUGUGUAUAAAAUCACAUUCUAAUCUGCAUUUUUAACCCCCCCUUCUUCAUUAUUAUCUCAACAAGAACCAAAAUUCAAGUUGUUUUAAUUAUCCAACUUGACCAUAAUAGUUCAACUGGUAUAUGAUUAUCAGCUUAACUAUCAACUUCCAAGUAUUCAAAAGCAUUGUUUAUCAUAUGGGGGUGAUUUCUUUUUGGAUGUUCUUAUUGAUUUGAGGGUUUUUUUUUUGUUUUUGUUUUUGUUUUUUUUUUCUUAAUAUUGAUGAUGAAGAUUAUGAGGAUGAGAGAGAGAAGAGGGUAGUUUUGUUUUGUUUUGUUUGAGAUGUAUUUUGAUGGAAGAUUAGGUACAAUAUGAUUGAGAAUGAGAAUGUAUAGGAGGAGAGAGAGAUAUUUCUAUUCUAUAUAUUAUAUAUGUUUUUAUUUAGUAUA